UAUUGUAUCAAAGAUGGAUCUGAACAGUCGAAUAAAAAAUAGAAAAUUACACUUGAAAAGUUGUAAAACCAUUGUGACUGAUACGCUCGGUCAAAGAUACGAAGAAGCUAACGGAGAAAAAAAAGUAUUAGCUCCUGGGACACCCUUCGUAGUAGAUAAUAAACCUGAUUUACAGGUCGCACGUAUAAUUCCAGGACUAUUCCUAAGCUCGCAAGAUCCUGUCGUACAUAAAGAACUUUUACAACAAUACGAGAUUCGUCAUAUUUUAAGUGUUGGUAUUGACGCGCCAAUAAAGUAUGAUUUUAUCAAAUACUAUUAUUGUGACUUACUAGACCUACCCGAGUCUAACUUGCUUGCGGUUGUUAAAAAGUGUGUUAGAAUCAUACACGAAAAUCGCGAUGAGAAUAUUUUGGUACAUUGUAACGCAGGUGUGUCCCGUUCAUCAGCGAUUGUUAUAUCUUACUUGAUGGCUCUUGAAAAUAUAAAAUACGAUGAUGCUCAUGAUAGAGUAAAAAUGAUAAGAAAUUGCAUCAAACCAAACGAAGGGUUUGUACAGCAAUUGAAAACGUUAUCGCUGUCAUCUCUAUUGCAAUAAAGAUAUUAAACGAC